AAAGGACUUCUCUUCAUGGCCUUGGUUCAUAUCUUACUCGGGGCAGGCGGGUCCUCUCCUGAACACGUGUUCAAGAGAUCAAAUUCCUGCACCACCUCCAGUCCAACAAUCACCACCACCGUACAAUCCCGAUCCAACGGUUGGCAGACUCGUAACACGCAGUCAAACCCGGCUGGGAGACCAGGGAGGUGCAGACGUCAAAUCAUGCUCACCCCUCAACCCAUUGAGACCUGACCCCACAGCUCAGUCCACCCCGGACUCUGCAUGGUCAAUCCACGACCCAUCCUCCUGGAGGGGCACAGCCGGCAGAAUUGUGGAUUUUCUUAGUUCUAACACCAUCAUGGACGGUAAACUGGAUGGGUCUCAUAUUCAAGCCCCCAUGUUUCAAGUUCCAGGGCCACAGGAUGGACUACCUGCCUCCCAUCUGCCCAUCAUAAAAAUGGCAUGGCUUUUGGAAAAGAGUUCCUGACGUUUUGCAAAGACAUAACAGCCAUAUGUGCUGCUGUGGUUGCGGCCUUCCCUGCGGCUGUCAACAUGGCACUCAUCAACAGCACGAAACAAGGUAAAGCCGAAGAUGUAACAUUUUACUAUCAGCGUCUUGUGGCUGCCUUUCAGAUUCACAGCGGCCUCGAGAAGCCCACAGACAUAACCAACAUGACUGUGUGGGAAACUCAUCUCACGAACGCCUUCAUGAACAGGCUUCUGCCAGACGUCAAAACUGCCACUGAACACUCUGUCGUGGGUCUGGAAGAUGCCAGGCUCACAGAAGUGGUAAAACAUGCACGACACAAUUAUAAAAUGCAUGUGGAAAAUCAAAUGUGUCAAGACAAACGCAGCAAGCAGACUGGGGAGAAAGCCCAGCUUGCGAUGCUCCAAACCGUAAAACAGUUGACACUGGGUGCAGAAGGAGGACGAGACCCCCACCCAUCCGGAAAUUCUUAUGGGAGGGACCAACAGAGAGGACGAGCGUAUGGAAUAAAUCAUGGGAGAAGAGGGCGUUUUCAAGGAUGAAUGCUUCCUCUGUGGCAAAACAGGACAUUGGUACAAAGACUGCCCCUACCGUUCAAACCAGGUACGUCAGCCACAUGGACGACAGCGCCACUCCGGGACUGACAGAGGGGGUCAACAAUUCGGCACUUCAGACUGACGGUGUGUGUGGGAUGGAGAUUGCACGUGCCUCUCCAAAACAGGGAAGUGAAACACACCACACACACACACAAUGGUGCAACGAAGACCUGCUUCCUCGCACGCACACCCACAUACACAUGCACACACAAUGCUGCAAUGAAGACCUGCUUCCUCGCACGCACACUGCAGAACAACAUACUGUUUUGCUCAGCAUCAUUGCUCACUUAGAGCAACAGAAACAGAAUACAUCCACACCACCACCACUCAUGUAUGCUAUGUUUUCAUCAGAUGCAUACAAAGAUAUGCCAACUACAAGAGUAAUUGUGGAAGGGAAAGAAUUGACGUUUUUAGUAGACUUCGGAGCUACUCAUUCAGUAAUUCAAGAAAAACAUUUUCCAAAUCAAAAAAUGAGUGGCCGGUAUGUAUAUUCUCAAGGGGCUUCAGAUUUGACUGUGACAGAAAAAUUUACUGCACCUAUGACGAGUGUACACUCUGACGAGACUGACCUAAACCCUGACAUAAAAGUAAAACAUUCUUUUUUACUCUCUUCACUCUGUCCCAUAAAUCUGAUGGGCAGAGACUUGAUGUGUACAUAUUGUAUUUGUUUGACGUCAUCUCCAAAUGACCUUAAAGUGGUUAGGCGUAGAGUCGCACUCCAAAUGGUGCAAAAGGCUCCCUCUAAUCCUCUUUUUGUGUAUCAGUGGUGGAUCCCAAUCGAUGAUGCUCGGAGGCUAAGCCAGGCUGGUGAAGCACGGGUUUCUCCUCAUGCAGACCGUAUGAACCCUGAACACCUGCAUUGCACAACAUAUGUCUCAGAGGGCCCAGACCACUCUUUUGAAGAGACAUGUUUUGAGGCCCUCAAUGAUGCAAUUUCCUGUUCUACUUUGUACCGGUCAACUUGUAAAUCUGCUGUGUCUAUUUCUCUGUCUCCCACACAGAAAGAGCUGUUUCAAGUUCCCAGCUCACAUCCCCAUGUCUCACUGUCUAAAGGACGCCUUGACCAAUGGAGGGAUUUGGGACCAUUUGUGGCUCAGUGUGAAUCUCUCACUGACUGGGAGGAGACAAUCGAUCCGCUCGUUCUGCGCUCCGCCUCUACAGGGUUUCACAGAACUCACUGUGUACUCCUCACACCAGCUUGUCGAUCUGUCUAUGUGUUUUAUGAGCACAACGACAAAGUUGAAACAUUUUUAACAACUCCCACAUCGAUUUCUCCCGCUCUUGCUUCUGUUCCACAGACACUCUGGGCGGCGCACAAAUAUGAUCAACAACUGCCAACCGGUCGUCAUCACUCCACGUUCUAACUUCCGCCCCCACAAACACCAGUACCCCCUGCGACAAGAGGCCAUUGGCGGUAUCACAACUGUAUUCAAUUUGCUCUCUCCCGGCUCUGCACUUCUGCAGUAUGUUGAUGACUGUUUGAUUGCAGCUCCAAAUCAGGCACAGUGUCAGACAGACACGUUUAAAACUACUCAAACAUUUAGCGAAGGAAGGCCACAAGGCCAGCCUUUCUAAAUUACAAUUUGUGUCUCAACAUAUCAUGGUCAUGACAUAUCUGGAGAAGGAAAAACCCUCCCCCCAAAACGAAUCGCCGCGAUCGUAUCAAUACCGAAACCCAACACCAAAAUCCAACACCAAAAAACAGAUGAUGUCCUUUUUGGGCAUGUGCUCAUACUGUCGAUCAUUUAUUCCAAACUACUCACAAAUGGAACAACCGUUAUCAAACUUAAUCCAUGGGAAAAAUCUUACAGCACACGACAAAAUAAUCUGGACUGAAGAGGGUCUUGCGGCCUUCACACAAAUGAAAUGUGCUUUGCAAACUCCUCUGCCGACUGCCGAAUCCGAAUAAGCCAUUUACUCAAACAGUAGAUGAAAGACAGGGCUGCAUGACUUCUGUGCUGCUACAACCCCAUGGUGAUAAACUCCGUCCCGUUGGCGUAUUUCUCCGCAAAACCCGACCCUGUCGCUGCAGGACUGCCACAAUGUUUGCGCGCUGUGGCCGCGGCUGAAAAGGCACUCACAGCCUCACGUGGCAUAGUGGGUUACGCACCACUCACUCUGCUCGUUCCGCACGCGGUUUCUUUGAUUCUCCUCGAACAGAAAGCUCGCUAUUUGCGUUACCACACGUCUCUCCUGGACAUGCCGAAUGUCACUAUAAAACGUUGUACUAACCUUAACCCUGCAUCAUUACUUCCUAUUCCUGGGGAUGGGGAGGACCACAACUGUUUGGCUGAGCUCCAAGCUCAGUGCACUCCUCGCCCUGACCUAGUGGACACUCCACUAACUAACAGCGACAUGGUAAUGUAUGUGGAUGGAUCCGCCCCCCGCGAUCCUCAGUCUGGUGAAAAUCGUGUUGGUUUUGCUGUUGUUUCUGACUGACUGUUGGUCUGCUGUGUUCAGGUCCUCUGCCAUGUCACCUCUCAGCCCAGGCAGUCGAGCUCAUCGCUCUGACCGAGGUCUUUAAACUGGCUAAGGGUAAAGCAGUCACAGUUCACACUAACUCUCGCUAUGCGUUUGGUGUAGUACAUGAUUUUGGGGUGCUGUGGAAACACAGGAACUUCCUUAAAUCGGACUGUAAGCCCAUCCUACAUCACACUCUCAUUGCUGAACUGUUGGAAUCCAUCUUACUACCCACAGCUGUUGCUGUCUGUAAAUGUGCAGCACACACGUCCAAUACGGAUGAUGUAUCACAGGGAAAUGCUCGAGCAGACACGGCUGCAAAAGCUGCUCUGCUUCCGCUUCCCACUACCUGUGCUCUCAUGUGCUCUGAGGAGUCAGUUCCCUCCUCUCUUACAGCGAUGCAGUCACUCUCUACCCCUGAUGAAAGACGGCUUUGGUCCACAUCUGGCUGUGUUUACACCAACGGUAUCUGGACUGGACCCGACGGCAAGCCGUGUUUACCUAUACACUAUUUUGCUCAUUAUGCUAAGUUGACUCAUGGGUUAGACCAUGUGUCAAAAGGGGGAAUGUUACGUGCACUUAAUGAGACGUGGUUUACAAAAGGGUUCACAGCAUAUGCACAAAAAUUUUGUUUUGCAUGUGUCACCUGUUCUACUCACAAUGUAGGCAGGCCCGUGGGCGUGUCCAGCCAGGCUGCACACCCACCACCAACCCGCCCAUUUGAGCACAUUAUGACGUUUUGUGGAGUUAUCUCCAUCUGAAGGUAAGAAACACUGUCUAGUGAUGGUAGACAUGUUUUCCAAGUGGGUUGAGGUUUUUCACUAGCAGUAGCCAAGGCCCUAAUUUCUGAAAUCAUCCCUCGAUGGGGCAUUCCUUCUAAAAUAUCAAGUGACAAUGGUUCUCACUUUGUCAACCAGGCCAUUACAGAAUUAAGCGCAUACCUGGGUAUUGAUUUAAAAACACACUGUGCAUACCAUCCAGCCAGUGGAGGGGCUGUGGAAUGAGAAAAUGGCACACUCAAAACCAAAUUGGCAAAAUGCUGUGCAGACUGCCCUGGACAAAAGCUCUGCCUCUAGUGUUGAUGUACAUGCGCAUGAGGAAAACGAACACGAAGCAACCUGAGUCCCUUCGAGAUAUUGUUUGGUUUUCCUCCUCACGUAGGAACCGAGGCACCGAAGGCACCACUCUUUCAACCGCAUUAUGCGAAAAUGAAAUGUUAAAAUAUUGUGCACAACUCUCUUCUGCUCUGUCUAACAUACGACAACAGGUUGCAGCCGCCCUCCCAAAACCAGAUCCAGUACCAUCAGCGGGAUCAGGCGACCCUACCCCUACAACAAGUGUCAAUCAACCGACACCACCGUUGCAGUGACCACGGACGGGUUCACAACGGGCAGUUGACCGACAGACACACAGUGCAUUGUGAUCUGUGUUGAC